AUGGUUGAUACGGCUUCAGCAGCAAUGUCAAUAUUCUCCAAAGCAGAGCAAAAAAUUGAUGUGAUGAUAGUCAAUGUCCAUUCAUCGAACAUGCUUUCUUUUCACCUCUUAGCUCAAGCCUUGGACUUGGAUAUAGUUUCACUUGCGGUAUGUGAUGAACACAAUGAAGAUAUAGUAAAGAAAGCAUUGGAUGAAGGAGCUUAUGUUUGCCUUAAGAAACCAUUUGACAGGGAAAUUGUGAAAUACUUGUGGCAAUUUGUAUUGAGGAAAAAAAUACAAAAAGAGAAAGCGAGAGAAAGAUCAUCAAAAAAUAGAGAUCAGAUGAAUGUUGAUGAUAUUGGUAAAAAUAGCAUUUUUGGAGAAAAUGAAGAACAACUUAGAGAGAAGAAAAAUGUGUGUAAUAUUGAGGAACAAGACAACUAUAUUAAUGAGGUUGAAAACAAUGUUCUAUUAAAUGAAAAAUGUAAGUUGAGCAGGAAAAGAGGUAGAAAAAGCAUGAAAGAGAUUAAUGAAAGAGAAAGCCAAAGCAGUGAUAUUCAUAAGAUUGUUACGCAAAAGAACUACAUAGAAUGGACUGAUGAUCUCCAUGCCAAAUUCAUGGAAGCUGUACAACAACUUGGAGAAGGAAGAUGCUACCCCAAGGAGAUUCUAGAGGUGAUGAAUGUUCCUGGUCUUACUAGGUUGCAAAUUGCAAGCCAUCUUCAGAAAUGGCGUCACCCAUCAGGUAAGGGAUCCUCAAGUGAGUUUCAUGUUCCAAAAAGUAGCUUUACAAAAUUUGGGACAAUGCCUCGUCUUCAAAAAUAUGUACCAAAUCUACAGCGUAACACAGAUCAAACCCAAAGAAACCCAAAGUUUUCCUUUCCAACUCUUAAUACAAACAAAAAUUUUGUUCGAGGAGGGAGUUCAAUUCAACAACAAUUCUACCGUCCACAACUUCCGAUUCAAUCCCACUACCUCGACAUAUGCAAUCCAUUCAAUAACCCAUUUUUGUUGGCCCAAAAUAAUGUUGUUGGUAGGAUACAACAACAAUAUGGACCAUUAUUUGGAAUGCUGAAUUCACAAGGACUACAAGGCCCAAUAACUGAGAACACUAAUUAUAGGUCUGGCCUUGCACUUAAUAGUGGGGAUAAUCAUACCCAAAGUGAUUACAACUCCGAUCUUAAUGUGGCCCAAGGAGCAAUAUAUUCAGGUAGUGAAAUAAUGUCUGGUUCGGAUAUUGGAAAUGCAACAACUAGUAAUUAUAACUUGAAUGUCAAUUUGGACAAUGUGGCAACAUAUUCAAGUAGCGCAAAUAUGCCUGAUGCUUAUGUUGGAAAUGUGACUAUUAAUGGAUUUGGAGCAGAAAAUUCCAAUUUUCAGCAAUAUAUUGGUGAACCAAACAUGUUUGAUCCAAGCACUAUUGUGAAUCAUGGAAAUCUGAGUGCUAGCCUACCUAAUGAACAAGGCAAUGAGUUUGAUCAAGUUUACCCUGAUGAUCAGGUGGCAGCGACAUCAAACGUCCAAUUUCCAGAAAUAACUGAUGAAUCCUCAAAAUGA